CUCGCUCCCAGCGCGCGCACACGGGCGCGCGCGCGCACACUCACACACACACUCACACACGUGUGCGCUCCUCCGCUCCGGAGCUGCUGCUGCUCCUGCUCUCAGCGCCGUAGUGGAAGGCAGGGCCGCGCCGCUCCUUCUUUAAAUAUAUAAAUUGGAGCCGGCCGGCCUCGGCCGCCCCCCUGACAGCGCUGCCCGCGCCCCUCCCGCCGGCGCGCCCGCUGCCAGCCCCGGGACCUUUUCAUCUCUUCCCUUUUGGCCGGAGGAGCCGAGUUCGGAUCCGCCACUCCGCACCCGAAACUGACACACUGAACUCCGUUUCCUCCUCCUCAAUUUAUUUCUGCCUAAUAGCCACUCGUCUCUUUUUUUCCCCCCCAUCUCGUCGCUCCAAGAAAACUUUUGCUGCCUCCCCCAAGUGAAGCUUCCCCCUUGCCCGUCGUGUAUUAAUAUUUCCACUUGGGGAACGACUUGCCUUUUCUUUUUAAAGGAAUUCAAGCAAGAUAGCUUUUUCUCUCGGACAUUGACUCCCGAUUGUUUGCAAAAGUUUCGCAUUUAAAAAAAAAAAAAUCUACCUGAUCUGUACUUUGAGAGUUGUUGGUUUCUUUUUAGUUUUCUUACUUUUUUACUUUUUAAAAAAAUUUUUUUUCCACCUUAAAAAAAAAAAUGCACUACUGUGUGCUGAGCGCUUUCCUGCUUCUGCAUCUGGUCGCGGUCGCGCUCAGCCUGUCUACCUGCAGCACGCUCGACAUGGACCAGUUCAUGCGCAAGAGGAUCGAGGCGAUCCGCGGACAGAUCCUGAGCAAGCUGAAACUCACCAGCCCCCCAGAAGACUACCCCGAACCCGAGGAGGUCCCCCCGGAGGUGAUUUCCAUCUACAACAGCACAAGGGACUUGCUCCAGGAGAAGGCGAGCCGGAGGGCGGCCGCCUGCGAGCGCGAGCGGAGCGACGAGGAGUACUACGCCAAGGAGGUUUACAAAAUAGACAUGCCGCCCUUCUUCCCCUCGGAAACUGUCUGCCCAGUUGUUACAACACCCUCUGGCUCAGUGGGCAGCUUGUGCUCCAGACAGCCCCAGGUGCUCUGUGGGUACCUUGAUGCCAUCCCGCCCACUUUCUACAGACCCUACUUCAGAAUUGUCCGAUUUGACGUCUCCGCCAUGGAGAAGAAUGCUUCCAAUUUGGUGAAGGCAGAGUUCAGAGUCUUUCGUUUACAGAACCCGAAAGCCAGAGUGCCUGAACAACGGAUCGAACUGUAUCAGAUUCUCAAAUCCAAAGAUUUAACAUCUCCAACCCAGCGCUACAUCGACAGCAAAGUCGUGAAAACCAGGGCAGAAGGCGAAUGGCUCUCCUUCGAUGUCACUGAUGCUGUUCACGAAUGGCUCCACCAUAAAGACAGGAAUCUGGGAUUUAAAAUAAGUUUACACUGUCCCUGCUGCACCUUUGUACCAUCGAAUAAUUACAUCAUCCCCAACAAAAGUGAAGAACUAGAAGCGCGAUUUGCAGGUAUUGAUGGCACCUCCACAUAUACCAGUGGUGAUCAGAAAACAAUAAAGUCCACUAGGAAAAAAAACAGUGGGAAGACCCCACAUCUCCUGCUAAUGUUGUUACCCUCCUACAGACUUGAGUCACAACAGUCCAACCGGCGGAAGAAGCGUGCUUUGGAUGCAGCCUAUUGCUUUAGAAAUGUGCAGGAUAAUUGUUGCCUACGCCCACUUUACAUUGAUUUCAAGAGGGAUCUUGGGUGGAAAUGGAUACAUGAGCCUAAAGGGUACAAUGCCAACUUCUGUGCUGGAGCGUGCCCGUAUCUGUGGAGCUCAGACACUCAGCACAGUAGGGUUCUCAGCUUAUAUAAUACCAUAAAUCCAGAAGCGUCUGCUUCCCCUUGCUGCGUGUCCCAGGAUUUAGAACCACUCACCAUUCUCUACUACAUCGGCAAAACACCCAAGAUUGAACAGCUUUCUAAUAUGAUCGUAAAGUCUUGCAAAUGCAGCUAAGAUUCUUGGAAAAGUGACAAGAUGAUAAUCACAAAGUGAUGAUGAUGAUGAUGAUGAUGAUGAUGAUGAUGAUGAUGGUGACAAAGGCAAUGUUUGUAACAGGAAAACACGAGAGAGCCUUGCUUCAUCAGUGUUUAAAAAAAAUUUGAAAAAGCGGUACUAGUUCAAACACUUCGGAAGUUUGUGUUCUGUUUGUUAAAACUGGCGUCUGAAACAAACAAAAAAAAAGUUGAAGGCUUUAUUCUAUAUUUUACCUACUCUGUAAGUGAGAGAGACAAGAAGCAAAACCUUUUUUUCUUGAGAAAAAAAAAUAAACACUGGAAGAAUUUGUUAGUGUUAAUUAUGUGAAAGAAAAAAAAAACAGGA